AUGGGCUGCAGAGGUGAUUGGAUCCUGAGAUCCAAUACUAAUGGUGAUAAACAAGAGUUCGGGAUUGGGAAAGCGGGAAAAAAUUGGGUAGAUGAGAAUAGAACGAAGUUCCUUAAGAAGACAGGACUAAAACUUCUGAAGACACUCAAAGAUAUGUUAAUAAAAUUGAUGGAGAAAGCAGUUUGGGAUGAAGUAUCAUGUGCAAAAAUUCAAACGGAUCGACGUGGUGAGCUGAUGGAAGUUCCAGAUAAUGCAGAAAACUUUUGUUCCAUCCUUACAAUCCUCGCAUUUGUACUAAACAUUAAGGCUAUGGUUAAAGAAACAAUAAAGGCGGUUCAAUCAAAAAAACAAAUAGCUGAAUCAUUCAAAAGAGCCGGAUUUCGUAAGCGACCCCGAGAUGAGAAUAAGUAUCAAAUAUGUUCAACUCCAAAGAAGACUAAACAUGUACAAAAACAUGCUAAGAAAUAA